UUCGUCAAACUGGAGACAGAAAGAUCCCUAAUGCGUCGACAAAUUCAGAGAAAAAAUAAUUUCAGAGAGCAGCUUUUCGCAUCGAGGCUGAUUAUACGUGGGGCCAGCGCAGCUUUUAAAAUGCCAAAAUCAUUUUUGGUGAAGAAAAAGAAACCUCGACGCGCCGAAGACGGCGAGGCUGUAGAACCCGUGGAAGCCGUUAGGAGUGAGGAUACCAACACAGAUGAAGAACUUUCCUUGGCGGAGGAAAUGGAGGUGGAGACAGUCGAAAUACUUGACGAGGAAGGAAAAGACAAAGAUCACCACAAGGAAAGUUUAUUGAGCAAGGACAUAGAGCAAGAAAUGGCGACUUCUGUUUGUAAGUUUGACGGUGAAAGAGAUUCAUUUGCGGUCCAACCGGUUGAAAAGAGAGACGCGAAACUGGAGCGUUCAAGCGGCUGUAACGAUAUUUGUUGGUGGAGUAGUAUAACCUCGAGGUAUGAAUUACAAAAUCUUCCUCCACCCCCGAAACUCAUCAGCUCUGUGCCACGAAACGGCUUUUCAAAGAUGCAUCAUUCUCACCCAACAGAACACGAGCGUUCUGUCAUUUCUUUGAAUCAAAGACAUCAUUUUCCACUGACAGCAAACGGUUUUGGCGUCAUGAACUUCCACGAGCAUCGGGUCCCGUCCAUAGCCGAGUCAAUACCUGUUCGUGGAUCCUUGGAUGGGCUUCGAGAACUAUCGCUGAACCUUCGGCAUGUUUCGGAAGGCCGUCGUGAUUCCCCGUUGUGUCCGAGUAUUCCACAGCCAUCACCCGCUCCGCAGUUUAACGGCAGCCAUUUCUUCAUCCACAGUCAUCCGUUUUUAACUUCUCACCAGCAGCAAGAGUGUCUAACAAAUCUGCAAAACAAGGAACAGGCGAGGAAGGGCAGCGAAAGCGAGGAGACGAAAUACAAAUGCGAAAUUUGCAAUAGUUCGUUCACUCUUCAACGCCUUCUCAAUCGCCACAUGAAAACUCAUUCGUUCUACAAGCGUUACCAUUGCCAGUUCUGUACGAAAGGUUUCAAUGAUACCUUUGACUUGAAGCGCCAUAUAAGGACACAUACAGGGAUAAAACCAUUUAAAUGCAGCCGAUGUGACAAGUCUUUCACACAACGAUGUUCUCUCGAGGCGCAUCUAACACGCGUUCACGGCGUGGUACAUAAGUUCGGCUUCCGCGAAAGACGCUCAAAACUGUUCGUUUGCGAGGACUGUGGUAGCACGUUUACGGAAAAUUCCGACUUUAUGAAGCAUCUGCAUGAGUUUCACCCCGAGACUGAGAAAAUCAUGAGAGCACGAAGAAACGGGGGAUUCGUUCCAAAAUUGAAGGGUGACUGUUAGUUAAGGUACUGUACUCAGAGAUAAAAGGCACUCUUUUAGUCAUAGAUUACCAUGAAGAAGUCGGUCUUAUAUCAAAAGAUACAUUUUGACAACAGCAGUCCUAAUGAAAAGAACUAUUUGGUGAAAUUCCUUGCAUAUUCUGUUUAUUCUUCGAAAGCCAGUCGUCAAGGGUCUGUUUUUCUCAUAACCCGAGGCUUUUUAGGAAAAAGGGAUGUCGUGGAUUACAAAUUCACUAGAUCACAGCAAUCAAAAAAAUAAAUAAAUAAGCGGAAUGAAUGGUAUUGCGAAGUUCUUUGAUCAAAAUGUUAAGCAACAGUCGUACAAAACUUUGUUCAUUUGUAUCAAUACGAAGCGCUUUUAAGAAAAGAAAUUUAAUGUUUACCAGAUCACAGCGAUUACAAAACAAUAAUGGUUUGGAUGACCAGAGGAAGACCAAAUGGAAAAUUAUUACAAAUAUGGAAUUGUAUACUAGCAAAGCUCAGAGCAAGGCUGAAAAAAGUCAAUUUAACUGGCCCUUUAAAGUAUUGAUGAAAUUGUUUUCUCUCGAGAUACGUUUCCCUUCAAAAUUACAUGUUCUUCCUCAGAGAGCUUUUUUCAAGAAGGUUUUACUGAAAUAGCGUGUGUUUGGUUUAUGUCGUUUACUUUUAAGGAAAAUAUGUUAAAUUCCGGCCUCUCAAUGUUCUUAUUAAGCUUUCGCCCUCGUUUGUUGUUGAAUUGUGUUUUUUCUGGUAAGCUGAGUUGAAAAGGAUUACCACAAGCUAGGGUUUUCUAGCACAGCUGUCUCUAAUAUUUUGACUAACUUUGUGACCAUGUCUACCUUGGAGAUGAUGGAGGGAGUUGGUUAUUUAGAAGCAUUCAGAUUAUCAAUAAAAAUAGAGUGCCUAGUUUUCGUUUAUCGAAAACAUUAAAACUUCUGCUUUGUAUCUAAGAAUAUCCUAUCACAGAAAGAUCAGUCGUAUUUAAUUAGCUUUGUGCUAUGUUAUAAACGAUAUUCGUAUCUGAGAAACAGAUGUAUAAAUAUUAUUCUCAACUGAAAUACUAUAUUAGUUACACUUUUAUGAAUUCAUAAGCAUUCGUUGCGUUCAUUUACCGCCCAUGCAGCUCUUGUAAUCAUUCAAAACGUUUUUCCAUUCGUUUCUUCGCUAGUGAAAUUCGCCUCUUAGUUGCAUAACAUGUUAUAUAAUCGAGCCACUUACAUCGAAAUAAAUUUAUAUUCGUGAAUUAUUAAACAGAACAUGCAUUGAAAGGGCUGUUUUAUUUUUAACAAUUUUCUCUGGUGUUUUGCUCCACAUUUGUAAGUACACCGUAAGAUUUCUCCUUGGGCAGCCAACUCCCCGGCAUAAUAACUAUCACUGAAGCCCUCGAGAGUGGGUGACCUAGGAGGGCUUGUGGGAGAAAUGACAGUUCGGUGAUUUGUGUAGGUGGUAACCGCCAGUCUCGAUAUCAUGUCGAGGCUAGUACAGCGUCACUUUGAGCAAGAGAGAUUGAACUAAAGAAAUCGCUGCUAGGUGAUUGCAAUUAAAAGCAUUCUUUUCAAAAGUGAAGUGGGCUUCUCUAACUUAGUUGGAAUCAAUUGUAGGGCAAAUACCAUCUGCCUUUCAAUGUAACGUACGUGCCCUUAAUUCAAUACUUCUCAGAAAUUUAAAGGGGUUGUGUCACCUCGUUGUCGUGGUAACCGACUGGAAUCCUUCGAACGACAGGUUUAUUGCUGCAUUCUGUUUCAAAGUUCGAAGGACAACCAGUCGGUAAUAUCCCCUCGCGCAAUCUGAAUUCUCUGAAGAGCAGCCAUUUCUAACCCUCGUGCCUGACAGUUUUGUGUGCUUUUUUUUCGCUGCUUCGCUGCCUGUAAAUUAAUCAAGCGCCAAAAAACCGUCAGCGGCACAGCUGAAGCAAUUUAUAACGAUCAAAUCCAAAUAAAUAUGUAGCGAACUAUGACACAAUUCCUUGAAGUUAUGGGACUCACCCAGAAUAAAAUCUUCUUUCAGAUCAAAAUAGAUAACAUAUUAG